AUGGCAGCCAUUGUACAAACCGCAACUGCGGAGACCAGGUUUCAAGAGAAACAAUCCACUCUCGUCCAACAUGUCGAAACACCAACAACCGAAGAACCAAAACCGCAAACCAUAGAUGGUCUCAUCAGGCAUCGCGCAAAACUGCUUGGUGAUACUCCGCUGGUGUACUAUCCGCACACCGGUAUCGAUUAUGUCGGCUAUAGCAUGCGCCAGUUAGAUAUCUUCGCACACAGAGUAGCGCAGAAGCUCGCCUCAAGGCUUCCUCCGCGAACUUCGUCAUCGGAGAAGCCUAUCGUAGUCUCGUUGUUGGGCCCAUCGGAUCUCAGUUAUCUCGCUACUUUCUGGGCUUUAUCGAAACUGGGCCAUUCUAUUUUAUUCCUGUCGACGCGUAUCUCCCUAGAGGCUUAUGCAUCGCUCCUUGAGAGGACUGAAUCGAAGCAUAUUAUCAUUGCUAAGGAGUUUCAAGAUACGGCCGACGACUUGACGAAAAGGAUACCUGGUCUACAGAUCGACUACAUCGCCACAGAUGACUGGUACAAGUUCCCAAUCGAGGACAAACAAAUCGACACCGACUUAACACCAAAUUUAAAACCAGCUCAAGAAGCGAACUACGUCUCCUGGAUUAUCCACUCAAGCGGAUCAACCGGACUGCCUAAGCCGAUUUUUCAGACUCACAAAGCUGCUCUUGGAAAUUAUGCUCUGAACACGAACUUGCGAGGCUUCAUAACGCUCCCUUUAUAUCAUAAUUAUGGUAUAAGCUGUUUGCAUCGAUCAAUCUUUUCUUGCAAGAGUAUUCAUUUAUACAGCCCUUCCUUACCACUGGCUCGACAAUAUCUGCUCGGAACCAUGCAAGCAAACGACUUUGAGGUCUUUUACAGCGUGCCGUACACGCUCAAACUCCUCGCUGAAGUAGAAGAAGGCAUUGCAGCUCUUCGAAAAUGCAAAAUAGUCUUGUUUAGUGGCUCUCCAUGUCCAGAUUCUCUGGGCGACAGACUAGUUGCCAACGGCGUGCAUCUUGUGAGCCAGAUUGGCUCAACUGAAAUGGGCCAGUUAAUGACUUCGGCGCGCCCGCGGGAAGAUAAGCUGUGGAAUUGGUUACGUCCAGGUGCCGCUGUGAAACCAUAUCUGCGAUUUGAAGAAAGGAGUACGGGUAUAUAUGAAGCAGUUGUUCUCGAUGGUUGGCCUUGCAAGGUGCUUUCCAACAGGCCUGAUGGCGCUUAUGCAACGAAGGAUCUGUUCAUGAAACACCCGGAUAUGGAAGCGUACAAGUAUUUUGCUCGCCUAGAUGAUACCAUUGUGCUGGUGAACGGCGAAAAAGUAAUCCCUCUUGCCCUUGAAGGAUCGGUGAGACAGGACCCGGCAGUUGCAGAAGUUCUUGUUUUCGGUGCACAGAAGGCUAGCAUCGGCAUGAUUGUUAUACUCACAGAAGCUGGUGCAUCUCUUCCGAAAGAUCAGUUGAUUGAACAUAUUUGGCCUCGAGUGGAACAAGCACAGAUUGAUAUGCCGGCUUUUGGACAGCUCUCGAGAGAUAUGGUGUUCCUUCUUCCACCAGACACCCAGUAUCCGCGAACGGAUAAGGGCACGGUUAUCAGACAGGCAGCCUAUCGACAGUUUGCUGACUUGAUUGAGAGUGCAUACGAAGACAACCAAACUCCGGCAGAGCUCGAGGCAUUGCCAGAAUCAGAUCUGAGACGGUUUUUAGAAGAGCAACUUCAAGAUAUCUUGCCGCCAAAGUCACGCAAGCUUUUGAGUGAAGAUGCAGAUUUCUUCAACAUUGGCAUGGACUCUUUGCAAGCUACGCAAUUACGGUCAAUCAUCAGUCGCCGUAUUGAUGUUGGUGGGAAAGAACUUGGCCUGAAUGUAGCUUUUGAUAACCCUACUAUCAAAUUGUUGGCCCAACAUCUGCUGUCGCUGAGAUCUGGCGUUUCGGACAACACGGGCUCAGUUGAAGAUACUAUGCGAAAUUUGAUUGAGAAAUACUCUGUAUUUCAACAGCACAAACCAUUACCAAAUGGCCUUGAUGGUCGUUAUGUUGUCAUUACCGGUACAUCUGGAUCACUAGGAUCUCACACAGCUGCCAAACUGGCACUUCAAUCCGACGUUUGCGUCAUUUACUGCCUGAUCAGAGCUGGCUCUGUCAUGGAAGCGUACGAACGCUUAGCCAAAUCAUUGAGCGAGCGACGCCUCUAUGACAAUCUGUCAGAUACUGGCCGCAGAAAACUGGUCGCCCUCCCAGUUAAUCUAUCUGACCCAAAACUGGGACUCGACGGCCACACCUACAACCUAAUUACAUCCCAGAUAACAGACCUGAUACAUUGUGCUUGGUCCGUCAACUUCAACUGGCAGCUUGCUAGUUUCGAAAAGGGCAAUAUCGUCGGUGUCAAGCACCUCAUAGAACUCUGCCUGAAAUCGCAGCGACCUACACCCGCCUCAUUCAAUUUCUGCUCUUCUAUCAGUGCCGUUGUCAACACAGCCGAAGAUGAGAUUCCGGAAGCUUUACCUAAGAGCUUGAAUUACGCCCAGGAAAUGGGCUAUGCGCAGUCGAAGCUUGUCGCGGAACAUAUUUGCCUCAAAGCAGCUGAACAGACCGGUCUUCGCGCACGUGUUCUUCGAAUCGGCCAAGUCAUUGGAGAUACAGAGCAUGGUGUCUGGAAUACAACUGAAGCCAUUCCACUCAUGAUACAAUCAGCAACCACCAUUGGCGCACUACCACGCCUCAAUGAGACCCAUCGCUGGCUUCCAGUCGACGUCGUUGCUGAGAGUAUUAUCAAUCACUCAUUCUCCACCUACGACUCCGGCGUCCUCAACAUCGUCAACCAUAAGAGUUUCCAAUGGACACAAAAUCUUAUUCCGUAUCUACACCAGGCAGGCCUGAAAUUCACAGAGCUGGAGACGAGUGAGUGGCUCGAAAAGUUGCGCGCAUCGAAUCCAGAUCCAGCUGUUAAUCCGCCUAUUAAGCUAGUAGAGUUUUGGACGACGAAGUAUGGGUCAGGUGAAGGGUUGAGAAAGUCGUUUAUGUGGCGGACUGAGUUGGCGAGAAGGUAUUCAAAGACACUAGACAAGAGGAAAGGGUUGGGUCAGGAGGAUGUGGCUAAGAUGGUAAGGUACUUCAAGACUGUCUGGUGA